UGGAGCUCGAUGCCGCCGACUGUCCAUCCGCCGCCCUUGCCACCACCUCACCUCGGCGGCCCGCCUAGAAACUCAUCGAUCUCGGCGGCUUCGACAUCCGCGAGCACCUCCCGUCCUCUUCCCCUCCGCCUGGCCUCUCCCCCGUCUCAGGCAUGGACUCUCCGGCCACCAGAUACUCGUCGAUCCCGGCGACAUCUACAUCAACAAGCACAUCCACGUCCUCCUCCCCUCCGUUGUGCCAUUCCGCGGUCUUGGGCGCGGACACGGGGCGGUCGAUUGGGACCGUAGGGAGGGGCGGUAGAGGAAGGGGUCUUGCGGCUCGGAGAGAGCAGUGGCCUGCGGAGCGGGGGGCCAUGGCGGUGCCAUGAAUACAGCGGCCUGGGCGAGGUAAAGGUUCCCGUGACCCUGUUUCCGGAUGGGGAAUCUAGGAUGGUCACCUCAUCAGGAAAAAGAAAUCGUGGGUUGGAUCAGGGUCGUCUCCAGGAAAGUCUGGCCAUGGCCUUUAACAGGGAUGUUGAUGUUUUCUAUGGAUAUGAAUUCUCGCGGCGCUACUGAAAUCUUCUUAAAAAUAUGUUACCUUUGAACCGGUCAUAGAGCCAGAUAAUAUUGCUCCUUUACUGUGCAGAUAUGAACUUGAUCAUUUACAUAGUGUGUUUGCUGUCUUUAAUCUUGAUCUGCAAUUAGUUGCGGUUUCGUUGAAAUGUCUUGACAUGUCAAUUAUUUCUAGACAAGCGCUAUCAAUCUUUUACGCAUUCAUGAAAAUUCUGGCAAUAUACGUUGGUCCAUAUAGGCUAAGUAUCCAUUUUUUCUCAUUGCCUUCAUUUGUUCAUUCUGCUUUAGACUAUUGUGGCAGCAGGUACAGUACCGAUGCUUCAGACUAUUCUACAAAGUUAACUUUCAUCACCAUACACAGGCUGCUGGCCGACCUGGGUGGCGAUGAGCGGCGGAAGAAGGGGAGAAACACGCUUAUGAUGAAGGAACCAUCAAGUUUGCAGGAGGAGCAAUGCAAUGGCCAGGGUCAUGCUAGCAUUGUAGAGAAUGCUGAUUUUAUGCCUGUACUUGAAGGCGCUCAUGGUGGUAGUGUGCAGAAUACUAAUAUUAUUAGUGAUCAGGGGAAUGUAGAGCAUGGAAGCCCAAGAUCAGGAGAUGGCGAAGAUUCAAAAGUGCAGGCUACCAGUUCAGAUGUUGGUGAUGAUCCUGUAGGACCUCUGCCACGGAGGUGGAUGUCGAGAAACUGCUAGAUUGCCUUUCGAAGGAAAGCACUGAAUGGCAGAUUUCUUCCCAAGAACCACCUCCCUUACAACCAGCGCGCCAAACAUAGAGGGAGAGGAGGGCUUGGCAGAGAAAAUCUCCUCCCGCUCCGCUCGAUAUGGACGGGAACUCGCGGGCGGAGGGAGCAGAGGAGACGUCCGUAGGGGAAAGGGGGAGCAUGGUCACCUGGGAGAGGUGAAUUGGAUGGACAUAGGUGGUGGGACUAUGCAGCCGCGGCAGCGGUGCAAAUGGAAUUCUGGUGAAUCGGCCGCCGUGACCUCGAGCGGUGCUAAGUCGGGUGGGAGUAGUGGAUUUCGGGUGUGGGGCAGCACGCGGCGGCAUAGCUUGGAGCUCGGAUUUCUCCGUCGGCGGCGUCGCUGCAAGUAAUUAGACACGACUGUUCAUUGGCGGUGCUGGGGGUAUUCCCCUGUAGUCAACUAGCCCAUACCCCAUAUAGAAGACCAACUGGGAAUGCUCCUCCGUAGCUCGCACGAAGACCAAGCCACAAAGGCACGAACCGGUCGAACCCACUCACACUCACGGUCGCUGCACGCGCACACACAG